GUCUUGCUGUGUUGCCCAAGCUGGACUUGAACCCCUAGGGUCAAGCAAUCCUUCCACCUCAGUCUCCCAAGUAGUAGAGACUACAGACGGAGUCUCACUCUGUCACCCAGGCUGGAGUGCAAUGGAGUGGUCUUGGCUCACUGCAGCCUCCGCCUCCUGGAUUCAAGUGAUUCUCCUGCCUCAGCCUCCUAAGUACUGGGACUACAGAGUGAUGAUGCGGGUGUGCUGGUUGGUGAGACAGGACAGCCGGCACCAGCGAAUCAGACUUCCACAUUUGGAAGCAGUUGUGAUUGGGCGUGGCCCAGAGACCAAGAUCACUGAUAAGAAAUGUUCUCGACAGCAAGUACAGUUGAAAGCAGAGUGUAACAAGGGAUAUGUCAAGGUAAAGCAGGUAGGAGUCAAUCCCACCAGCAUUGACUCAGUCGUAAUUGGGAAGGACCAAGAGGUGAAGCUGCAGCCUGGCCAGGUUCUCCACAUGGUGAAUGAACUUUAUCCAUAUAUUGUAGAGUUUGAGGAAGAGGCAAAGAACCCUGGCCUGGAAACACACAGGAAGAGGAAGAGAUCAGGCAACAGUGAUUCUAUAGAAAGGGAUGCUGCUCAGGAAGCUGAGCCUGGGACAGGGCUGGAACCUGGGAGCAACCCUAGCCAAUGCUCUGUGCCCCUAAAGAAGGGAAAAGAUGCACCUAUCAAAAAGGAAUCCCUGGGCCACUGGAGUCAAGGCUUGAAGAUUUCUAUGCAGGACCCCAAAAUGCAGGUUUACAAAGAUGAGCAGGUGGUGGUGAUAAAGGAUAAAUACCCAAAGGCCCGUUACCAUUGGCUGGUCUUACCGUGGACCUCCAUUUCCAGUCUGAAGGCUGUGACCAGGGAACACCUUGAACUCCUCAAGCAUAUGCACACUGUGGGGGAAAAGGUGAUUGUAGAUUUUGCUGGGUCCAGCAAACUCCGCUUCCGAUUGGGCUACCACGCCAUUCCGAGUAUGAGGUAGACCUGGCUAUAAAGAAAUUCUCUGAUGUACCUUGUUUGAUGGUAGGUCAUAAGACUGCCAUUCCCAUACCUGGGAAGAAGGAAUGCUGCACAAAGAGGUUAAGAAUCUGGACAGACAGGCCUUGCUGGGUUUCCCCACUCAGUCUAUUCUCAUUAAGUCGUAUACCCUUUUGAAGCAAUAAUGGUUCUACAUGGCUUUCCAUUCUUCAACAAACCCAAGUGUAAAAAUGGAUAGUUUUCCCUGUAUCUUUGCAUCUUCAUUUGGAAGGCUCCUGUGUCACAUAAAACUUGGAAUAAAUAAAUUUGUUAUGCUUUUCAAAAAACAAAAAAAGAUGGAUUUUGUAAUUAGAUUUAAAACUGGCCAAGCAACUAGUUUUCCUAAAAAUUAGAUUUUUAAAGCAACACACUUAGGUUAGUCCUUGUUUUUGACCUAAUGCCCCUUCUUUAAAUACCUUCUUAUAUCAGAGACCAUAUGAUAAUUAUAUGGUAUCUGUUUCAGUUUUUUUUUUUUCCAUUUUUUCUUUUUCUUUUUUGAGACAGAGUCUCACUCUGUUGCCCAGCCUGGAGUGCAGUGGUGCAAUCUCAGCUCCCUGAAACCCCCGCCUCCCGGGUUCAAGCUAGUCUCAUGCCUCAGCUGUCCGAGGAGCUGGGAUUACAGGCAUGCGCCACCAUGCCCAGCUAAUUUUUGUAUUUUUAGUAGAGAUGGGGUUUUGUCGUAUUGGUCAGGCUGGUCUUGAACUCCUGGCCUCAAAUAAUCCACCUGCCAUGGCCCCCCAAAGUACUGGGAUUACAGGCGUGAGCCACUGCACCUAGCUUUUUUUCCCCCCAUUUUUAUAAAUGAGUUUUUUUAUUCAUUUUUUGUUUUCAUUUUUGUUUUAAGAGAUGGGAGUCUCACCCUCUCUCGCAGUCUGGAGUACAGUGUCAAGAUCAUAGCUCACUGCGGCCUUGAACUCCUAGGCUCCAGGUGUCCUUUUGCCUCAGCCUCCUGAGUAGCUGGAGCUAUGGGUGUGCCACCAUGCCUGGCUGAUUAAAACAAUUUUUUAGAGAUGAGGGUCUCACUAUGUUGCCCAGGCCAAUGUUGAACUCCUGACCUCAAGUGAUCCACCUGCAUCAGCCUCCUGAGUAGCUGGGAUUACAGGUAUGAGCCACGUGCUUGGGUCAUUUUUAUAAAUUGAUACGAAACUUUUAUCAAUUAAAAUUCUGGUAAUUUAUUUUUAUCUCUUUCCUAAGUGAAAAUGUACCUUGACUUUUUUAUUUUUUAACAUUUUAAAACGUGCAGUAGAAAUUCUCUGUUAAUACAUAAAUGGGAAUUACAUUUUUUUUUUCAUAUUGGCAUGUAUCUACAAAUAUUAAAGGACAAGAAAAGGUAAUAUAAUUUUAGGUUUAACAAAUAUGGUGUGUAUUCAAAUAAUACUUGACCAGCUUAUCUAAAUUGUACAUAAUAUUUGGACUAGCAUAUGAAUUUGAUUUUAAUUAUUAUGUUCACAAGCCUGGGAUAAUUAUUUUGCAUCUAUAACUGUAAUCAUUUCUUGUAAUUUCUUGUGCAGGUGUAUUGUACUUAAUAGAUUUUACUUUUGGAAAUAUGACUGUUGAAAUUAGCUUAGCUUUGUUUAUUUACUGUUUGUAGAGUAUUUUCGUUUUGGAGAAGAACACUGUUUUAGUUUAGGAGGCUUUUCAAGAGUGAAAGCUUCUGAUGAUUUUUUUCCCUCAUAGGAGGAAAUACUGGAAAGAAAAUGUUAGUAUAAUGCAGUUAUUGUAACAGCUUAUGACUUGAUUUUGAUUUGGAAACCUAUACUGACCAGAUAUUAAGCUUAAGGAUUGUAUAAAUCAUUAAAGCUGUGGUCUUUUAAUAUGGAGGUUGAUAGAUAAUUUUUUUGUCUUGAGUCUUAUUUGGUGACUUUCUGUUCAUGUAAUUCAUCAUGUGUGAAUGAGGUUGUUGAACAAACUGAACACAUGGGCUAUAGCAAGUAGUUUUUAUUUUUAUUUUUUAUUAUACUCAAGUUCUAGGGUACAUGUGCACAACAUGCAGGUUUGAUACAUAGGUAUACAUGUGCCAUGUUGGUUUCCUGUGCCCAUCAACUCAUCAUUUACAUUAGGUAUUUCUCCUAAUGCUGUCCCUCCCCGAGCCCCCGACCCCCCUGACAGGCCCCGGUAUGUGAUGUUCCUCACCCUGUGUCCAAGUGAUCUCAUUGUUUAGUUCCCACCUAUGAGUGAGAACAUGCAGUGUUUGGUUUUCUGUCCUUGUGAUAGUUUAUAGCAAGUAGUUUUACAGUACAGAUCUUUCCAUUACAUUUUAUUGUUUAAACAAAACAAAAUUUGUUUUUCUGUUAGGAAUAAGAAAAAAAUGGUUUUUACAUAGGUUCUUACAGUACACUUGGAGUACACUUACAGGCCACUGCUGCAGUCUACAUUUUAUUGUGCUGAAUCUGCAUUCUAUCAGAUACCCAUGGAAAGACCUCAGUAUAUGCUUUGCACUCUGCUUUGCUUCCCUUUUCCAAUUUCCUAUUGCAAAUCAUUUUGAUGUAAUACAGAAAACAGCAUUUGAAUAUCUACAUGAAGAAUUGACCCACUAGUGUCAGCCCACCUCUACUUUGUCAGUUGAUAGUUAAAUCUUUUAUCAUUUCAAAAAUAAAGUGCAUUUUCUUUUUCUUUUUCUUUUUUUUUUUAGAGAUGGAGUCUAACUUCGUCACCCAGGUUGGAGUGCAGUAGCAUGAUCUCAGCUCACUGCAACCUCCACCUCCUAGGUUCAAGUGAUUCUCCUGCCUCAGCCUCCCGAGUAGCUGGGAUUACAGGCACCUGCCACCACGCCCAGUUAGUUUUUUGUAUUUUUAGUUAGUUUCACCAUGUUGGGCAGGCUGUUCUUGAACUCCUGACCUCAAGUGAUCCACCUGCCUCGGCCUCCCAAAGUGCUGGGAUUACAGGCGUGAGCCGCCGCACCUGGUCGCAUUUUCAAAAGAAUGAAUUUAAGAAUAAUAAAAUUAAAAUAGGCUCACUUUUAAAUUGUGGUCCAUUUUAUAAUUCAGGUUUUUUGUUGUUAACAAAAAAAAAAAGUAUAAAUCAGAUAGUAGCACUCUGGCUGAAAAUCCUUCAAUGGCUUCCCAGUAGAUUCAGAAUAGAAUGCAAACCCUUUGUCGCCUUUAAGAGCCUUUAUGACCUGGCUCCUGCCUCGUCUCUGCUGCCUGGCUCCAACAAUUCAGGCCAUACAUUUGGGCCAUAUUACCUUCUUCCUGUUUCUUGGUAGCACUGAGCUUUUCCUCACCUCAGGGCCCCCGCUCUUGGCCUCCUCACUUUCUGAGACACUCUUCCCACAGACCUUGCUUGCCUGGGUGCUGUCUCCGUUCAAAUCACUUCCUGAGAGAUGCUUUCCCAGAACACUGUUAACUAAGGAGGGGAGCUUCUACCCCUGGGCACUCUAUCCCAUUUUCCUUGUUUAUUUUUUCUUGGCAAUGUUAAUUCUUUAAGUUUUUUGUUUGUUUGUUUAUUUGUUUGCUUAUUUAUUAUUUGUCUUUCCUCAUUAGCAUACAAUUUCUAUAAGGGCAGAGGCUUUUCCCAUUUUGUUUCUUGCUAAAGUCUCAUUGCCUGGAACAGUGUUUGGCCAUAGUACAUACUUAUUGAGCAUUAAAUAUUCUUAAGUAAAUGAAUGAAUCAAUUGAAUUAAAUGGACACACUAUCAAUUCAAUAGUAUGAAUAUUCAAAGAGUAUGAAUACAAUAUACUCAUACUCUUUGUCAUUUUGAUUAAGCCAUAGUUGUUAAAGGGUUUAAUGCUCAGUUUUUUUUUUUCU